AUGGCUGUCAAGGCGGUGAUACCGUUCCUGGUCACCAUGAUGUUGGUGACCGGCGUUUGUAAUACUCUCCUCACGAAGCUGCAGGACAUGCAAUGUGUUCGAAACUGCGACAGCAAGGACAAGAAGCAGAAACAGAACUUCGAGCAACCUGUUAUACAAACCGUUCAAAUGUUCAUCGGUGAGAUGGGCUGCUGGCUAGUCGUCCUCGGUUUCUAUCUUCAACAACAAUUUCUGGCCCGCCGCUCCUCACGAUCCGGUUCACACCUGUAUAAACCUCUCCCAACCGACAAUACGUCGGAAGCGAUCGACGAUGCAGACGACCCCCGACCACUUUCAUCCCAUUCCGCCAUCUUCGAUGCUUCACCCGCCCUCAAACCCCUCAUCUCCAAUACAACGGAAGACAGAAAGCCCCUGACCGGAUGGAAGACCGUCCUCCUCGCCAUCCCGGCCUGCUGCGACAUAGCCGGCACCACCCUGAUGAACGUCGGCCUCCUCUUGGUCGCCGCAUCAAUAUACCAGAUGACACGCGGGGCCCUAGUCCUAUUCGUGGGUCUCUUCUCCGUCCUCUUCUUGAAACGCAAACUCUAUCUCUACCACUGGUUCUCCCUAUUCAUCGUAGUCCUCGGCGUUGCUAUCGUGGGUCUCGCGGGCGCCCUCUUCACCGGCGACAAGCACAGUGCCUCCUCAACCAGCAAUGCAGAAAAGAAGGAAAUGCUCGUGCUUCUAGCGCGCGAAAUUGCCAUUCAAGCUGCUGCACCCGAGGUAAUGCGCACCAUCACUGGCAUCCUACUGAUCGCGUUCGCCCAAGUCUUCACUGCCACGCAAUUCUGCGUCGAGGAAUGGAUUCUCGAAAACUACGCCCUGGAACCUAUUCGCGUUGUCGGCUGGGAGGGCAUCUUCGGCUUCUGCGUCACUAUCUUCGCGCAAAUAGUCCUGCAUUUCAGCGUCGGCGUCUCCAGCAAGGGACAAAAUGGCUUCUUCGACGCCAGGGAAGGCUAUCAUCAAGUUUUCAACAAUCGUCCCAUUGCCAUCACCUCGGUGCUGAUCAUGAUCAGUAUCGGCGGCUUCAAUUUCUUCGGCCUGAGCGUCACGCGCUCCAUUUCCGCAACGUCGAGAUCGAUCAUCGACACGUGCCGUACGCUGUUCAUUUGGAUUGUUAGUCUGGGGUUGGGCUGGGAGUCGUUUAAGUGGUUACAGGUUGUUGGGUUUGCGUUGCUGGUCUAUGGGACUUUUCUUUUCAAUGAUCUGGUUAGGCCACCAAUUCGGGCAUUGAUGCCGAGGGGUGGGGAGGCGGAGAGAAGGAGGAGAUUGAGUGAGGGCGGAUUGUUGCCGGAGGAGCCCAUUGAGCAUAUGUGA